CGUUGAUCAUAGGACGUGCGCUGUCAGCUGUAAUAUUUUUUUAUUUCUUUGUAUUUAUUACGCCUAAAAAUGUUGUGAUCACUAUAAAUACGUGAAUAUGGGUGUGAAAGAUUCUAAGCCAAGUUUUAUCUCAUACGACGAUGCAGCAAAGCGAGUGUCUGAUAGUGAGUUGAGGCGUAUACGUGAGGCGUUCAAGAGAUGCGCCGGGGCGAAUGGUUCGGCCUUGAGUUUGCAGGCUUUCGUCCAUGAAGUGCUGUGUGAUGGAGUCCCGCAUGAAGUAUCCGAAUGGUUGUACCAGGCUUGUGGUGGCACCAAACGGGGCAUUACAUUUAAAGACUUGCUUUGUGGUGUAGUUGUUCUCACGAAAGGCAACAUCGAGGAAAAAAUAAAGUUCCUCUGGACACUAUAUGUCAACAAUCAAAGUGAUAAUGGCACAUACAUUUAUAAAAGAGAUUUCGCGCGAGCUUUGCAUUUGGAGAACACAUCCCUACAUGUAACAGAAGCCCACCGGACUAUAGAGAUAUUAACAAGUUUGUUUGGAAGUGGUGAAAAGGUCACGUUCGACCAGUUCCGUUCUUGGCUUCUCAUACAUAAAGAUGCUACAGUGCUGUCUAAGUGGUUGCUUUGUGAUAAAGGCAAUGUGGCACAAGACUUAGAGACACCAACGUUUUACCAGAGCCUUGCUGGUGUCACACAUCUGGAGGAAAGGGAUAUAAUAGAGCUAGAGAAAUGUUUUUGGUCCCUUCGCAAUGCAGCACCAACUGGGGAGUUGGAUGCGACGAGCAUGCGAGGUCUCCUGUCGCCACCAUUACCCCGAGCCGCAUUCGAGGGCACUUUCCUCGCCUUUGACGAGAACAGAGAUGGACAUAUUGAUUUCAAGGAACUAUGCUGUGGACUCAGCGCUGCUUGCAGAGGUCCUACUACUGAGAGGCUUAAAUUUUGCUUCAAGAUAUUUGAUCUCGAUCGAGAUGGGAUCCUCAAUAAGAAGGAGCUCAUCGACAUGGUUGGAAUCCUCUGCACUGUUGCCAACGAAGCUCUCAAGAAUCAGGGUUCCAGGAGUUCAACGCCCUCUGACGGAGAAUCUGAAAGCGAGAAGUGCUUCGACCCAGAGGUUAUCCUGCUCAACUUGAGAGACAAGCUUAUUACUGUUCCAAACGAAGGAAGGAAACCUGUGUUUCGUUUGGGGUCUACGAAUGAGGAUAUUGUUAUGCUAAGUGAGCAGACACCAGAAGCACCGAAAGAAGAUGAGGGUAUAAUUGGAUCUGAGAUGGCGUUGCGUCUAGAAGAGUUUCUUAUAUGGAGUGUGGAGGUCGCAGAGGCAUUAGUUUCACCCUUCCUUGAGCUGCUUUUUGAUGUGUGCCAUGUAGUACUGGGCCUGAGACCGCAGUGUAGACAUCGUGAGCGAGAUAUUGUAUUGGGUUGGGUGCGUCGCGAGACUUGCCGUGGCCUAGCGGUUGGGCAAUUCUGGUACUUGGUAUCGGCGGAGUGGUGGAACGCGUGGCUUCUUUACGCAUCUGCAGCCCCGCAUUCGUGCUGUCGAGCGACACGACCACAUCUAGAUGAUGCAGUCGUAUGUGACGACAGCUUUACCACCAAUUCUACGGAAUCAAUGGGCUCCUUACUAUGGCGAGCUGAGAGUACGUCACUAGGCAGCGCUGGUGGUAGCAGCGGAGUAAGCAGCGGUAUUGGGCGUGGUCCACCCCAUCCUGGCGCCGUUGACAACUCGCGACUAUUGGCCCCCGGCGCCGCGCCCGCAAGGACAUUGACCGGGGAAGGCGGCCAUUUACGAAGAGAUAUAACUCUAGCACAGCAUAGGGACUUCGAGCUAGUUCCCGACGCUUUGUGGCGUGCAUUAGCCUUGUGGUAUGGGGCACCCGACCCACUACCCAGACAGGUUAUAAGACCUCCGAACUCUGAUGUGGAAUUGGAACUGUACCCACUACAGUUGAAGAUUUUGCGUCACGUCCCUAGUCCGCAAAGAACAACAUCUCUUAGCGCAAUAGGUGCUAUGGGCGCAGCGGGCAUGGGUAGUGUUGGAGGUGCUAUGUGCGCACCCUCUCCUCCGGAAAGACAGCUCGCUUACACGGCCGCUUUCUCAAGACUUGCCACUGUUAAACAGGUGACAGAAUUCCUAUGUGGUGCAUUGGGUCUAGCACGCGAGGAUGUCCGUCUGUGGGCGCUCGGGAACAGCGCUGGAAGUGGCUGCGGCAGCGCUGCAUUGCUUCUGGACGAUGAACGGCCAACGCUUCAAGCGCUGCGUUUGGACGAACGGACAAGACUGCUGCUUGAAGUUCGGAAUCCGGACCUCACUUGGCCAGAGGAGAUCGGUGCUUUAGGUGCGAGUAGUGGUGCCGGUAGCAGUCGAUGGGCAGAGCGUCGUGAAACUUUGACCGUAUCGCAAAUGGCUGGAGCCACCGGCCUCCACAAUCUCGGCAACACUUGCUAUAUGAAUGCAGCACUACAAAGCGUAUGGAACACAGGCCCGCUUACACAGUAUUUUAACUCGGGAAUGCACAUGUAUGAAGUUAACACCAGUAACCCUCUCGGCACUAAAGGAGUGUUGGCGGUGCGGUAUGGCGAACUGUGCAAAGAGGUAUGGUCAUGCAGUGCACGUUCAGUAGCACCAUUGCGUGUGCGUUGGUGCGUAUCCAGGCACGCACGUGCGUUGGCCGGAGGCGGACAACAUGAUGCACAAGAACUACUGGCGUGGCUGUUGGACGCGUUACAUGAAGAUCUCAACAGGGCCGCCCCUCCGCCUCGAUCACCGCUCCCUUCUGCCUCAGAUUCUGACAGCCGACCUGACCAGGUUGUUGCAGCGGAAGCAUGGGCAGCGUACGCGGCUCGCAACGACUCCAUAAUGACGGAACUGUUCUACGGACAGCUCAAGUCCAAAGUGCGGUGUUGCUCGUGCGGCCGCGAGUCCGUGCGAUUCGAUACUUUCAAUAUGCUCAGUUUACCGCUACCCAUGGAGUCAUAUGUACGCGCCACUGUUAGAGUAAUUCUGUUGGACGGCUCGGUUCCAGUAAAAUAUGGAGUAAGGAUUAACUCUGAAGGCACGUACUUAGACUUGAAGAAGAAUUUGUCGGAAUUAUGCGGUUUAUCGUCGGAGCUAAUGCUGCUUGUGCUGUUAGCUGGGGCUACUAUUGGACGCGUGCUUGAGGAUGGUGCAAAAGUUACUGCCAAUACUGCGCAGGAACUUUUCGUGUACGAACUACCCGCGCCUGAUACGGAUUCCAGUGACGGGGAAGAUUCGCUGCCGACCUUAGAUUACACAAACGAACUGGAGGAAACGGACUCCGGUGUAACGGAGGGGUCAGCGGACGCGGACGGCGACGGCACCGCGUCAAGUUCGGCGGAGUACUCUGCGGAGGGCGAGGCACGUGCAGCCGGCGAGGUGAGUGUGGCGCACGCCGCCUCCUCCUCGCUCUGCAUGCCUGCACUCUUCUGCUUUAAGCGAUCGCGUUCGGAAAUUCUUAUGUCCCAGAGUCCACCAGACACACUAUACGGAGAACGCCACACUUUACCAAGAGGGACGCGGCUUAACCACUCGCCAACGCCAAGUGUGCGUUCGUUAAACGUGCGGAACGCGCCGCGGUUCUCGAGCGUCAAAUUCGCAUCGUCACCUGCUCAUAUGUACAGACUGAACCACUUCAGUGACUCGCCGUCAUACGAUAACGCACAUUACCUAGUCGCAGUUCACAGGAAACAAGUGGCCGGAGAAGCGUAUUUGGUGCCAUGGCAAAGAGCGAGGCUCGCUCUGUUCGGUGUGCCGUUGGUGGUACGCGCCGCGCCCGGUGCGUCCGGACGCGAGUUGUACGCGCGAGUGUGGACGCACGUCGCCCGACUGUUGUCCGCACGCCCCGCCACCCGAGCCAACCAUGCAACUGACUGCGACGACAGCCUGGGCUACGAGUUCCCGUUCACGUUGCGCGUGGUGGGCGGGGAUGGGUUGUGGUGCGCCAUUUGCGCAUGGCCUGCUCUGUGCCGCGGAUGUGCGCUCCCCACCGACGAUGCGCCACUCGUUGCUUGCAAUGGCACAGUUCGAGCGAGACGGCGAUCGGCCGGUGCCCGUCCCGAUGUCCCAGACACUAACUCGCCGAUAGCGAAGGCCAAACUAUACAGGCAGACCAGUGCACGACUCACAGACGUCGAGAACGACAUUCGGUUAGGCGGCGGCGAGAUUCGACGGUUGGACAUCAACGCGUUGCGAAACGUCCGCGGAAGGGUAAUGCUCGCUAUCGACUGGGACCCCACAGCCCUACAUCUGCGGUACCAGACCACCCGGGAAAAGACGUGGAUAGAGCAUGGGUCGGUGGCUGAAUGCGAGGCCGCGGCGUGCAGGCCAAUCGACCUGGCCAGUUGUCUCCGCGCGUUCACCUCCGAAGAGCGUCUCGAGCAACGGUACCACUGCGCCGCGUGUCGAAGCGCACAGCCCGCCACCAAGAAACUACAGAUAUGGAGGCUUCCACCUAUCAUUAUAAUUCAUUUGAAACGUUUCCAAUACGUGAACAACAAAUGGAUAAAAUCCCACAAAGUAGUCAAUUUCCCAUUCCAAGAUUUUGAUCCGACGCCAUUCCUAGCUUCCGUGCCGCAGGAAACCAUCCUCAGGCACACGGAGUUGAAGAAUUUGUCCAAGAGACGCUCAUCUAUGUUCGUUGAUGUCGACGACCAUAUAUCCGAGAGCGAUACGGAGAAUUCCGAUGAUGAGGCUCUUAAAUCCUAUGAUGCAAGUUCCAAUGACCCAUCGAAGAGGACAAACAAAUACGAAAAGAGGAAACGGGAGUCGAUGGAAGUUAAAGGCAGACAGAGACUUGAGUCGACAAGUUUAACCGCAACCCCCGUUCUGGAUGAUAAUCUGGUGGACUACCAUCAACAUCAUCUGAAGCCUGAUCAGGACACCUUCGAUUUGAAGUACAGAUUGUACGCUGUUGUGUCACACUCAGGUCAACUAAGCGGGGGACACUACGUUGCGUACGCACGUAACCCAUCGGGCGCUUGGUUGUGCUACAACGACAGUUCGUGUCGGGAGCUGCCCGCACGUCCCCAACCUCCACUGGACCCCGCUGCCGCGUACCUUCUUUUCUACGAGAGGAAAGGGCUGCGGUACGACGCGUAUCUACCCGACACGAGGGGCCGUGCGCCGCCCGCACCGCCCGACCUACUCGACCCUGAUGACGCGGACCUCGGGAAAAUGUGCGUCAUCUCUUAAACAUUGUCCAGAAAAACCUGAGUCGCCGCGAAGUGUUACUCGAGUAGUAAGUUCCUAUAGUACAGCCGUUAUCAUCUGGUUCUUCCAAUAAUAAACCGCUAUGUUGCUCCAAAAACGCUAACGAGUGCGAGCGAAAUGGAUGAAUAACAAUAUUUAUAUACAAGACGGAUCAGACGACGGCUGUACUAUUGACGCUAUCAAAAACAUCGCGAAUUUCACCAAAAAUGCGUUUGCGUGCGAUAUUUUGAAGGUUUCUAAGCGCAACAUUUACGCGAUUCCUUUUUUCGCGAGAUUCGCUCUUCUGGACAAGCCCUUAUAGUGCAGGAAAGUGUUACGUGAAUCAAAUGUUUGUAGUGUUGAUGCACACAAGUGACUCAAGCAUAUGAUCCAUCCAAGUUAACAAGUUGACUAUGUCAUUUUGGCCGAUUGGAUUGAACUUGUUAUUCCGCGUCACGCAUGUUAAGUUAAAUCAAGUAAACUAUUUGUGGGUGUUACAAAUGUAUUCGCAGCAUGAAGCAGAACAAAUUAUUUAUCAUGUUUAUAAAAAAGCUAGUGCAUGUACGGUGAUUUAUUCUCGACUGUCAGCCAUUCUGCUCCUAAAAAAAAAAUUAAAAGACGAUUGAAGUGCUUUCGGCCAACACAAUAGGGUCGACUGCUGGGUAUAGUUCUAUUACAGGGAUUUCUAGAACCAAAGUUCAACUAUUUUCGUGACGUCCACCUAAACUAAGGCCAAUGAAAAUAGAUAAUAAAUGUGAUUAAACAUUGACUGUUGCAUGCGAAGAUAAGACAGCUGAGCGCCAUCUAGUUAAAAUAUCGGGACACAGCAUUGUCACUAGAUGGCGCUUUAUCGAUUUCAUACAAAUCGCUGUUAACGAUCACCCAAUCGAAUAGGUAUAAAAUCUCACACUAGGCACUCUGUUAGUAUCUGCGUUAUUUUCUAUCUGUUUUUGUUGGCCUUUAUUUAGUGGGAGGGUAUACCCCACACUGCUCUUGUCGGUGCGUAGUCGCCUUUCGAGCACGUUGACCCCAUAUAUCUUUGAUCUUAGCUAAAUGUUUCGAAUACUAAGUGUCGAGAGUAGUGAACGAUAGUGCCAUGUCUCCACCGGCCAGGCAAUUUGUACCUCCGGUAUAAAAUGCCUGCUUUAUUAGAUAAACUUCUCAAAAGUUGUAUAUAAAUUAAAAAUAUCAUAUUGUUUUUAAAAUGCAUGUCAACGUUGAUAAUCCUCCGUAGCUCCAACAGUCGCAAGUACCAUGUAAAUACUACUUUUUUGUUAAUAUUACAGUAGGGUAUUAUUGGACUAUGCAAUCAAUAUAGUAUUGAAUGAAAUAAUGCCUAGGAUCAAUAUCACUUAUAUUGAAGUUUUAUUUAUAUAUGUAUUUAACAAAUAAUUGUUAAAUUAAUAUUUAACCUGUCGCUAUAAAUUAUUAUUUAACCUGUUGUGUUAAAUUUUAAAUAAUUUAACAUAGUAUCAAAAAUAAUAGCUCUAUUGUUCUACUUUAAACUACACAGUUUUUGUUUUAAUAAUCAUCAUCCACAGCCUACUAAUGCCCCACGGCUGGGCACUUGUCAUACAUAAGAUAUUGUUUUAGAACCGACGACGUUGUUCCAAGGCAGGUUAACGGGCUCUAAAAAUUAUUCUCACAUGUAAUUGAAAUCAACGGGGAAAAAGUUCUUAACGUGCUUUCCGAGGCACGGGGUUGGACAAUCCAUGUUUCUUUAAACGGGUUAACUAAAAAAAAACCAUCUGCUUAUAUUUGAUUUCGCUUGACCCAGGAAUUUUAGAAACAAAUUUAUUCCGACGUUUUAUUAACAAAUGAGACAACCCUUUUUGAAUCGGGAAUUAGCCCAGCAAAAAUUGGGACGCAUAUAAAUGAAUCGCAUGUUGAUUUGUUCCUUAAGAUAUUACAACGGUUUGAUUACCCUUACCUCGUCUUCUCGGAGUAAUGAAAAAUGUAUACGAAACAAUGUUAACCGCCUCACUAGCGAUUUUCUCGUAAGUAGGUAGGUCCCAUCGGACGUUAAAAUAGUGCACUGUCGGCUUCGGCGGUGAUUAGUUCACUUUAUGAUGUUUAAAAUAUAUACGUGAAAAUAUGUAAAAAUCAUUGAAGACAGUACAAUUUCAAAACAAACGUAAACUUGUCAGUUUCAAAAAUCACAAGUUCGCAGUAUUAUUUCAUACUAUUCUGAAGCACUAAAGGACUUUACAUUAGUUGCGCGAGGGUUAUCCACGACAAUGUAACAUGCAAAAUAUACUUACAAUAUAAAGGAACUCAAAACUGAUAUUUUAUCUAAUACAAUAUUUGUAAUAAUGAUAGUAUUUCUGAUAAAACAGUAGUGUCCAAAAAUUAAAGUCCAAAUAUCAUCCAUUCCAUAACACAGAUCUCUUUUUUUACCCUACUCAUGGGAAGGUGAUGUAUUUAAUAGAAUAUUCAAACUAUUCAAAUCUUUAAUAAACGAACCAUUAAUGAAUUACUUAAAAACAUUCUUGAAGUUUUCGGUGGAAAAAAAAAAAUAUUUACAAAAUCUAUUUAA